AGCGAACCAGAGAAGAGAAUAAGCAACGAACAAUGUCAGAGCCUAAAACAAAAUACGAUCGUCAACUCAGGAUAUGGGGAGAGGUAGGGCAAGCUGCUUUAGAAGAAGCGAGCAUCUGUUUACUCAAUUGUGGCCCAACUGGCUCCGAGGCUUUAAAGAAUCUCGUCCUCGGUGGAGUUGGGAGCAUCACGAUCGUUGAUGGAUCUAAAGUCGAAAUUGGUGACCUUGGAAACAAUUUCAUGGUGGAUGAGAAGAGUGUUGGUGAAUCAAAAGCGAAGACUGUUUGUGCGUUUCUUCAAGAGCUUAAUGAUUCUGUGAAAGCUAAGUUUAUUGAGGAGAGUCCUGAUGCGUUGAUUUUGAGUAAUCCUUGUUUCUUCUCUAACUUCACUCUCGUCAUUGCCACUCAGCUGGUGGGAGAUUCAGUGGUGAAACUUGAUAGAAUCUGUCGAGAAGCUAACGUCAAGUUGGUUUUUGCUCGCUCUUAUGGUCUUGCUGGCUUUGUUCGUGUCUCUGUUAAGGAGCACACCAUAGUUGACUCGAAGCCUGAUCAUUUUCUUGAUGACCUUCGCUUGAAUAAUCCGUGGCCUGAACUCAAGAGCUUUGUGGAGACCAUUGAUUUAAAUGUAUCUGAUCCAGUAGCACAUAAGCACAUACCUUACGUUGUCAUUCUUGUGAAGAUGGCUGAUGAAUGGACUCAAUCCCAUAGUGGUAAUCUUCCUUCGACCAGGGAAGAGAAAAAAGAGUUUAAGGAUUUUGUUAAGUCUAAGAUGAUAUCUAUGGAUGAGGAUAACUACAAAGAAGCCAUUGAAGCCGCCUUCAAAGUUUUUGCUCCUCGUGGAAUCAGCUCGGAGAUUCAACAAAUUAGCAAUGAUACUUGUGCUGAACCCACUUCAACUUCCUCAGAUUUUUGGGUGAUGGUAGCGGCUCUGAAGGAGUUUGUCUCGAACGAAGGUGACGGAGAGGCACCCCUUGAAGGCUCUAUACCAGAUAUGACAUCGUCAACCGAGCACUACAUCAAUUUACAGAAAAUCUAUCUAGCGAAAGCCGAGGCUGAUUUUCUCGUCAUGGAGGAACGAGUUAGGAAUAUUUUAAAGAAUAUCGGUAGAGAUCCGAGUAGCAUCUCAAAACCAACAAUCAAGAGUUUCUGUAAGAAUGCAAGAAAACUCAAAGUAUGCAGAUAUCGUAUGGUAGAGGAAGAGUUCAACAAUCCUUCUGUAACCGAAAUUCAAAAGUGUUUAGCGGACGAGGACUACAGUGGUGCAAUGGGGUUUUAUAUCCUUCUUAGAGCUGUGGACAGAUUUGCUGCCAACUAUAACAAGUUUCCUGGCCAGUUUGAUGGAGGGAUGGAUGAGGACAUUUCUCGGUUAAAAACUACUGCCUUGAGUCUCCUUACUGACUUGGGAUGUAACGGCUCAGUACUGCCCGAUGAUCUUAUCAAUGAGAUGUGUCGCUUUGGUGCCUCUGAGCUUCAUGUGGUUGCUGCCUUUCUUGGAGGAAUCGCGUCUCAAGAAGCCAUCAAGCUUGUCACAAAACAGUUUAUUCCGAUGUUGGGGACUUACAUCUUCAAUGGCAUUGAUCACAAGUCUCAGUUGUUGACACUGUAGAAGAGCUUCACUUACUUAUUGGCUUGAAGCAGAGAGAAGAGCUUUUCUUAUAUCCUUUUAUUUUCCUUCACUGAGUUUUGAAAAAAAAGCUGUUCAAGGACGAUUCAGCCGGCAUGAUGUUGUGUGGAGAUGUUCUGAAAGUUCCACAUUUAGGAAGUUUUUCAUUUGUGUGACAUUAACCUGAUUGAAUAAACAUACAAAAAUAUCGGUCCACAUGAUUAGUCGGCAGAAGGUUUUAUGAUGGUUUUAAUCACAAACGACAAUAAUUUGAGUUAUUUUUUAACACCAUUUAC